GUCUACUUGUUGCGCUUCAUCAUCUACUUCUUUAUUAUUCGUUUUUUCAUAUUCAUUUGCUGCGGUCAAGUCCAAUUGUAAACGACAUGACUCACAACCAACACAUUUUCAGCGACCUUGUAUCUUCGCCGCCUCCUCGGGCGGGGUAUAAAUGCGAGCCCUUUGUGAACUAUGUGCCAAAGUCGAACAUAAUUACAACUACUACUGCCAUUACUAUUUUUCACAAUGUCCUCCUUGCUCGUCCCACCACCGCAAAGAUCCGCCACCGACAGGAGGGCUCGAUUUCAACCCCCGGCGUUCCAAGACGCAGCCACGAGGAAACAGCCUGGUCAGCAACCGGUUCUUCAAUAGUAUUGGCAAAUGAAACUUGCCUCCCACACCAUCAAAAGUCAACCACUCUUCAUAUUCUUUCGUAGACCAUCUGCGAUAUAUCGCAGAUGGUCUUGGUCAUGCAUUUUCAUAUUGUCAUGUUGACUUUUGGUGAGGUUGGAAGCAAGUUUUCCUAUCAUAAUCGCGGCGGCUCCAGUCGUCGCAGACGGCCAAGUCGACAGUUUCGGCGGAGACGAAAAAUUUCGAAAUUUACAAAUUUUUCAUUAAGAAUUAAUUAA